UUGGCCUGCAUGUGUGAAAGAAUAUUUGAAAAAUAUCGCGAACGAAUCAAGUGUCGGUGUUUUUUCUGUGACUGUUUUUCGUGUUGAAUUGUGAUGUUUUUGCAUUGAGACACUGACUAGAUUUGUUGUUGAAAUGGCAUUGGAACUGGGCCAUCCGAUGAUGCCUCUAGAUUACAGCAGUUCCAAUCGGGAAAACUCCAGAAGUCCGGUGAAUGUCAGCGACUCCAGGCCGAACAGUCCGCCGGGAAAUAGUGCUUUUACUGUUGUCACUCCGAAAGGCAGAGACAAUAAUUUAUCGGAAACAAAUGGAUCUCCGCAACAGUUUUCACCACCUUCAAAUUUCCCCUCAUUUUGUAGAACAUUAUGGGGGGCUCCAAUGUUACCAGGAGGGCCAAGAUUUUUACCUACAAUGGCCCAAAAUACAAAAAUUAAUAAGGAAAAACCUCAACCGAUUAAAUUCGGAAUCAACCGAUUGGUGUCGAAAUCGUCCGAUGAUGAGGAUGAACAAGCGAACAAUAAUAACGUAAAAUGUUAUCAGAGAGAGAAAGAAGGCAGCACUUGUUAUAGUGGCGAUGAGAUGAUGUCGCCACGACUAAGUUCGGAGAAUCGUUGGGAAGGUUCACCUGCAAGAGCAUCACCAUGCACGUCUCCCGAAUUAGAAGUCGAUUCACCACCGCAUUCUAGAACUAACUCACCAUCACCAUCCCCACGACCAUCUUCUGUGACAGAAAUACAGAAAAUAAACCCCCCCUUAAAAAAAUCCGAAGCCUUCUCUGUAAGCGCGCUGCUAAGGCCCGAUCUACCAAAAAAUAAAGAAACCGCUCCCUACUACCAAGAAACCAUCUCACUGACUAGAUCGUACCUAUACCCUCCACUAGCGGAUUUGGUCAAGGAUGUGCAGUUGAAGUCGGCACAUGAAUACAACCAGCAAUUUUUACCGAGAAGCCUGGUGCACCCCAGCUUUUUCCCGCACAAUCUCUACUCUCACAAGGAAGGCGAGGAACGCAAUUUUCUUCCCACCCCAACAUCCCUUUACUUUAGCGCCAUGGCUGCUGCUAUGGCCUCUGGACAAUCUCAAAGCAAUCAGUACCAUCCUCCGACCUCCAACGAAGAUUUGUACCGAUUUCGGCACCAUCUUUUAAAUAAUCCACCGGGAAUUCAUCCACAUCACCAGCAUUUGUUUAUGAGACCUGGUAUGAUGCCAAUCGGGGAUGUUUAUUCGUGUAUUAAGUGCGAGAAAAUGUUUUCCACACCUCAUGGACUGGAGGUGCACGCAAGAAGGUCGCACAAUGGGAAAAGACCUUUUGCUUGCGAAUUAUGCAACAAAACGUUUGGCCAUGAGAUCAGCUUAAGCCAGCAUCGAGCUGUGCAUAAUGUGGAGAAGGUUUUCGAAUGCAAGCAGUGCGGCAAAUCCUUUAAGCGUUCGUCUACUUUAUCGACUCACUUACUUAUACAUUCAGAUACGAGGCCGUAUCCUUGCCAAUAUUGUGGAAAGCGGUUUCAUCAAAAGUCCGACAUGAAAAAACACACCUACAUUCAUACCGGUGAAAAACCGCAUAAAUGCACCGUAUGUGGUAAAGCCUUCAGUCAGUCCUCAAACCUGAUCACUCACUCGAGAAAACACACAGGUUUCAAACCAUUCGCAUGCGAUCUAUGUGGUCGAGCUUUCCAAAGAAAAGUUGACUUGAGAAGGCACAAGGAGACUCAGCAUACAGAACUGCGUCCUAUUGUCACAUAGUGCCAAAGCACCGGAAGUGUUCCUCAACUUCCGGUCGCUACUUUCAAUACCAAAGAUAACGUACAAAGUAAUUUGGAGGAAAAGAACUACCGGGCUCCUUUGAAUCAGUCACUGGUGAGGUCCAAUCAAGACAUGAUGAUGUCUUCUCCUUUAGGUGCAGUGUUUUGGACUAAUUAAGGAAAAGUAUUUUACCAAAGACUUACCAAAUAGUACUUUUAUUUUGUCAAUUUAUUGAUGUAUCAUCUGUGAUUAUAGCCAUCAUAUUAAAUAUGGUGCUAACUUUAGGUUAAUCGAGGUUCG